CUUAGAUCAGGUUCCUUGCAGUGCCGGCUAACUUGGACUUCGCAUCACUUUCAACUUCGCAGCUACGUGCGUUGAUCAUUGGCACCACCACCUUUCAGACCGACGCAAUCCUCUCCUAGGAGCCAUUUCCUUAUCAGCGCUUCAAGUAUCGUUAUACCGAUUUAAGACCACCGGCCAUGGCGAGUAUCGAUCGCUACAGGCCUCCCAGGGAAGGGUAUCAGCCCCCGACCCUACCCGCAAACCCACGACCUGAACGCGAUUCGAGAUCACGAUCUCCCCGGCGUCGCGAUGCCGUUCCUCCAGCAGUUCCAACUCCUCCGCAGCACUCAACACGAACAUCUCCCCCCCGACCACAAGCCCGACAACCCCAAGAAUCACCGGCCCGAUCUGGUGCGCAAACUCCAGUAGCUAGUCUCAACCAAUGGAACUUUACGUCGGACGAAGUGCGAAGCACCCCUAGCAUAGUCGAGGGUCUUUCGCCGGCGGAAGAGAGGAUGCGCAGGGCCAAGGGCGUCAACUUCAUCUACCAGGCGGGCGUCAUGUUGGAUCUCCCUCAGAUUACGCUGUGGGUAGCUGGGGUAUUCUUCCAUCGCUUUUUCAUGCGCUGCCACAUGGUGCAAGAAAAGGGUGGAAUUCAUCAUUACAACAUCGCAGCAACAGCCCUCUUUCUAGCCAACAAGACCGAAGAGAACUGCCGCAAGACAAAGGACAUCAUUAUCGCCGUAGCCAAAGUUGCACAAAAGAACGCGAAGCUCAUUAUUGACGAGCAGAGCAAAGAGUACUGGAGAUGGCGAGACAGUAUUCUCACAUACGAAGAGGUCAUGCUAGAACAACUCACAUUUGAUCUGAUGGUCGACAACCCCUACCACCACUUAUUCAAGUUACUCGAUCAGCUUGGAAUAGUUCAUAACAAGAAUCUACGGCAAGCGGCCUGGGCUUUUUGCAACGAUGCUUGCCUCACGUCGAUCCCUCUGUUGAUAGGACCUCGAGACGUUGCCAUCAGCGCCAUCUUCUUUGCGAGCAUAUAUGCGAACCAACAAAUCGAGGACAUCAAUGGCGAGCCCUGGUGGAAGCUCCUCAAGGGUGACGAGGUCCUUUGUUCUCAGGCUAUCGAGGUGAUGCGCCAGUUUUACACGGAGAAUCCGCUUAGAAAGCAGAACCCGUCGCUGCCAUCACCAGCAUUCCAUCUCGAGAACACCAGAAAACGUGGUGAUACUCUGUUGAGCCAACCAGACACAUUGUCGUCAACGACCGGUACCCCCUUUGAAGUUGACCGGGCGAGUCGCAGCCCUGGUGUAAGCUCUAGAGUCAACGGCGCUGCUCAGGAUGGUGAAGGGCCAUACCCAGAGAGAGAUGAGGGUUCUCAGCCUCGGCAUGACGAGAACGGAAGACCCCCCAGGUCACCACUCAAGCGAAGAGAGCCUGACGAUGGCGAGGAACAGAGCGACAGAGCGGAGAAACGAGCUAAACUCUCAGAAGAUGAAGAGGGAGAACUAGUUGAAGAUUGAUACCAAGGUUGCGGUUCGUAUACAACACAACACAACAAUACAAUAUUUGUAGAGUACGGGACAAAGAGGCGUUAUAGGUUUCCUUGAGUUCGUGAGUGACACCCGCUCGCGUGAGAAGGUUGAUAGGUAUUUACGCAUGGCAAAGGCUGGAUCUGGUCGAGCAGGUAAGCGUUCGGGAGGAUGCUCCCAGGAUACGGCGUUUGGAUGUAGGUAGUAGACGUGCUCUGCUACUGUACUUAGUUUUAGCUCAUGAUCGAGGAUAUAUUUCGGAGGAAGUUGUUAGAUAGCGGCAGACGACGCCAAUUCAAGUACAGAAUUGAAAAGAAA